AUGACAGCGAUGCUGGCGCUGCUGGUGACGCUGGUGGCCGCGCUGGGGGCUGGGGGGGCGGGCGCGCAGUGCCCCUCGCCCGCCCAGCUGCGCCCCGCCAACGGCACCCGGCUCUGCGCGCUGCUCUACGCCGACGACAGCCCCUACUACGACCGGUGCUGCGCCGGGGCCGCGCUGGAGGUGCCGCCGGGCACCGACAAGCCCUACAUGCCCCGCGGCUGGGCCGGCCGCACCUCCUCGCUCGUGGUGGGCACCCGCUGCGAGCUCACCGUGUGGUCGCGCCGGGCCAAGGAGGGCAACACGCACCACUUCAGCGCCGGCGCGGUGCCGCGGCUGCAGGAGGUGCGCCGGGGGCUCUUCGGCACCUGGAACAACGCCAUCCGUGCCCUGUACUGCACCUGCAAGUGAGCCCCGGGGACACGGGGGACACGGAGCGGCACCGGGGGGACACGGGGCGGCGGCUCGGGGGGGCGUGGGUCAGCGCAGGUCAGCACGGGUCAGGAUGUGCCAGCGUGGGUCAGGACAGGCCAGCCCGGGUCAGCGCGGGUCACCAUGAGCCACCAAGGGUCAGGAUGUGCCAACACGCGUCACCGCGAGCCAACAAGAGUCAGCGCGGGUCAGCCUGAGUCAACGUGGGUCAGGACGUGCCAACGUGGGUCAGGACGUGCCAACAUGGGUCACCGUCACCUGGCACGGGUCAGGACGUGCCAACGUGGGUCAGGACGUGCCAACGUGGGUCACCGUGACCUGGCGUGGGUCAGGACAGGCCAGCGCACGUUGCCACGGGCCAACACGAGUCAGCGCGGGUCAGCCUGAGUCAACGUGGGCCAAACCGUCCUUGAGUUGGCCAAGAUGAGCCAACACAAACCAACGCUGGCCAAGCCAACUCAACGCCAGCUGGCACUGGCCACGAUUCACCAUCAGGGGCUGACCCAAGCCAAGCCAAGCUUGGCCAACAUGAGCCAACCCAGGCUGACCUGAGCCAACCCAAGCCAC